AGACUUUCAAUACAAUCUCUCUCUAAUCGGAACCAGGCUACGCAACGAUCAGGACAGCGCGGAGUCGACGAGACAUAUGGCUCGGGAAACGUAGCUCAAUCCAGUGAUGGGAUACUGCGGUGUACUCCUAAUUAUCCCAACGGACACAUCUAGAAUAUUUAAAUACUGCUAGUUUUUAAUGACUAGUAUUUUCGUCAGCAUGUUACAGCUAAUGCAAUAGCAGCCGAUUCUAUUCUAGCGUUGGGGUAACAGUGUGGUCACGUUUAUCAGAAAUAAUGGGAGACUAGUGUCUGUCGCACGGAUUCAAGAGGACCAAGAUGGGAGAAGAUUCACAGGGAAACGUUCUGCUUGGACAAGGCCAAUAUUCUCAGACCAUUGGAUAACCUAUGUAACCGCCAGGUAGCUCAUGUUGCAUGUGGAGACCAGCAUUCAAUUUUACUAACUCAGGAUGGUGGGGUCAUGGGGUCAGAACACCAGCAGUCAGCUGGGUUCGGGGUGGGGCAAGCCCAGGACCAUGUCCCCCAAGCCCCUGAAGUCUCUAUCAGGGAUCCCCCUGGUUCAGAUCACUGCAGGGGGAGACCACAGUUUCGCUCUGUCCCUUUCUGGAGCUGUGUUCGGCCGGGGCAAGAACACCGCCGGGCAACUGAACCUGGGGACACAACAAACAGAUGUGCUCCAGCUCCUGUUGAUUGCCUGAAUCUGAAGAAGACUGUUUUGAUUUCAUGUGGAGGAGAACAUACUGUCGUUCUGACAAAGGGAAGUGUGGUGUUCACAUUUGGCUCAGGCCGCUAUGGACAGCUUGCACACAACUCUCUCCGAGAUGAACUACGACCUCGAGUGGUGGCGCAACUUUGUGGAUUAAAGGUGACCCAGAUAGCCUGUGGAAGACACCACACAUUAGCAUUUGUGAGGCCUUCCAAUAAGAUCUACUCAUUUGGGUGCGGAGAGCAAGGGCAGCUGGGAAAUGGAGUAAAGAUUGAUCAGUCUGUGCCCCUUCCAGUACAACUGCCAGACCAGAUUGAUGACCAGAAAAUUGAACACAUUUUUGCUGGAGGAAACCAUUCCUUUGCGUUGUGCACUCUUGGUCAGGAAAUCACAAAAAUGUUUUCUUCUGCAUCAUGUUUAAAUGGGAGCUUUCUUGAUAAAAGUAGUGACAAACAUUUCCAAACCUCACCUAAACAGUCUGGCCUGGAUUUGUCUCACCGGAAGCUGGCGAAAAAGGACAACGUUUUGAGGUUGAAGCUGUUGUCCAGCACACACUGCUUCCCUCCCUGUAUGAGGAGCCCAUUGGAGUGGAGGGCUUGAGGGUCUACCUGGUUCUCCCUGAGCCCUGGAGGGUCCUUCACAAACAGCACAGAUGGACAGAUCUCACCGAACCCCUCUUUUACGCUGCUGCUACUCUCUGUUCAUUAUAUAUGAAAAGUUACUUUAACUAUACAUUCAUGUACAUACUACCUCAAUUGGCCCGACCAACCAGUGCUUGGCUAACCGGCUAUCUGCAUUGUGUCCCACCACAUGCCAACCCCUAUUUUUACGCUACUGCUACUCUCUGUUCAUCAUAUCUGCAUAGUCACUUUAACUAUACCUACAUGUACUGUACAUGCUACCUCAAUAAUCCUGACUAACCAGUGUCUGUAUAUAGCCUUGCUACUGUUAUUUUCAAAUGUCUUUUUACUGUUGUUUUAUUUCUUUACUUAUCUACACACACCUACACACAUACUUAUUUUUUUCUCGCACUAUUGGUUAGAGCCUGUAAGUAUGCAUUUCACUGUAAGGUCUACACCUGUUGUUUUCGGCGCACGUGACAAAUAAACUUUGAUUUGAUUUGCUGCUA